CGAAGCGAUCGGUGAAGUAAAAAAAAGCGAAGUGAUCUACUAAACGAUAUCAGGCAAAAAUGGAACCGUUCAAUUACUACCGCCCAGCGAUGGAUUUAUACGGAAGUGACCCUUACUAUUUCCAUACGACUGGAAUGUCCGCCGGAGGAGGUGAGACAUUUCCUUAUGGACUGUCGACGGCAACAACCACUUCUGACCCGCAGCGAAAUGAUGCGCCGUACUGGCCCAAUCGUGAUGUGGGGUCAACUAUUCCGUGGGACACGACUAUUUUCAACGGUGGUUACGAUCCUCGGACGAUGUCUUCCGCGUGGUCGUACGAUUACUCUAACAAUCAGCUGCAUGCUGAAACGGUGACGAAUCACCAACAAAUGCCCGGGAUGUACGUGGACAAUGAAACGCUGCCGAUCACGGUAACCCAAAAGAGCGAUGGCGGAUACAUUACGCCGGAGUAUAGUGUGGAUUAUCAAAACAUGACCAGCGGUCUACCGGGGAUCGAGCACUUACCGAUGUACACAAACGGCGUGCGGUUGGAACCAACCGUUGGCAAGACGGAGAUGGUUGCGAUGGAAUACGGAGCACCCACGCCCCCGUUAUCACCGCCGUACGAAGAGUUGCAGCUUGAUCAACCCAAUUUGGUGCCACCGAAACAGGAUUCACUAUCUUCCGCCGCACCGAUGGUAAUUGAGAUAAAGAUUUUACCCGAUUUGACCCAAACGGUCGACGUAGGCAGCAGCGUGGCCCAGAAACGCCCCGCGACGCCUGAUCCUGAACCACCGAAACAAAGCACCACCGGAACGAAGCGCAAACUUAAAACUCAACUACAGACGGAGUGGAGCUGUGAUGAAUGCAACAAAUGCUUUAUACGACGGCUUGGACUGGUACAGCACAAUGCGAUCAAACAUGCCGGUGAUCGUCCGUUCAGUUGCAGCAAGUGUGGCAAGCGGUUCGCGGAUGCGGGUCUUCUCGAUGAGCAUUCACAUCGGCACCGAUCGACGGACAAACCGUUCAAGUGUGCCGUAUGCCCGAAGCAGUUCUUCUACCGGAUGGACCUUAUACGUCACGAUUACAAGCACUCGGGAAAAUCGCCCCACAUUUGUUCGUUCUGCUCUAAAAUAUUCUCUCGCCAGGAUCAUCUGCGCAGGCAUGAAUUUAUCCACAAGCGACAACAUAGUGCAGACGACGACAGCGUGGAAAGUUAACGACUAGUCAAAAGGAUGUAAAAUCCCACAUUUACCUUCAAGGAAAACGGAAAGAUCUACUUAUCACGUAUGAGCAUGACGAAAAACAAUAGUUUAGAAAAUUAGGCAAACUUGAUGCUUCGAUAACUAAUUUGGUUCGCUAGCCUGCUUUGACGGUUUGUCACAAAUUGACAUGUGUGUAAUGGAUACACACACGCACCUGUUAACUAUAUGUGAUUCAACUUUGUUAUGUAAACACUAAACAUAAUUUGUAAACACGUAAACAUUCAAUAGGCAUUGAGCGGUUAGGAUAAAGUAUUUUAUUGUAUUUAAGUGUUAAUUUCGUAAUUCGUGGCAAUAAAUGGCAACUAUAAGAAUGCCGUUCGCUAA